AUGUCGGACCUCAACUCAUGGGAAGAUGAUCCAGCCGCUCAGGAAGAUAAUAAUCUUUCACAACAAACUCAACGAAUGAAUUUGAAUGCCAAUCCUCAAGCUAGAUCAUUUCAACCGGGCGCAAAUUCCUUUCAGCCUGGUGCACAAUCAUUCCAACCCGGUCAACAAUAUCAACAAUAUGGAGGAGCUUAUGAUCAAUAUGGACAACAACAGAAUUUCGCUCAAUAUCAAAAUCAAGGUUAUGGUGGAUAUCCUCAAUAUGGUCAACAAGGGUACAACAAUCAAUAUCAACAAGGAGGCUACAAUGCUGGAGGAUAUCAACAAGGUGGAUAUAAUGCAGGAUACGGGCAACAAUAUCCUGGAUAUGCUCAACAACCACAAGCAGCAGCUCAAUCAUCACAACCCCCUCGGCAAACACCAACUAUUGCAAAAAGACCAGCUGAUGGUUCGGCAGAUCUAAACAAACCUGUAGCGGUAAAGGAUGGAGCACCAAAAGUUUUGAGCAUUGGAGGAGAUGCACCAAAGGUUUUAAGCAUCGGAGGCGAUGCGCCAAAGCCAAAGGCAAAGGUCCUUUCUAUUGGUACUCCAGCUCCUGCGAAGAAGGAAGAGCCAAAGAAGGAAACGCCAUCCGCAUCCGCAGAAGCCGGUGCUAAGGUUACUGCAGCAAAAGCUAUCGAGAAAGUUGAAAAGACUCCUGCAUCCGCCAGUGGAAAGACCUCUCCUACACCAUCAUCCGGUCGUUCAUCACCUUCCCGAACUUCUGGCGCUGCAAAGGCAGCUGCUCGUGCCGCAGAUGCUGUAGAGCAAGAGCAAGCAGCUGAUGUCGAUGAGGAAACCCUCAAGGAAAUUUACGGCAAGGAGCAUGUUAACAUUAUUUUCAUUGGACACGUUGAUGCUGGAAAAUCGACACUUGGCGGUUCUAUCCUUUACGCUACCGGAAUGGUUGACGAGAGAACCAUGGAAAAGAACAAGAAAGAGGCUAAGGAAAUGGGUCGUGAGACAUGGUAUUUGUCGUGGGCUCUUGAUUUGACCAAAGAAGAGAGAUCCAAAGGAAAGACUGUCGAAGUUGGACGUGCACAUUUUGAGACUGAAAAACGGAGAUACAGUAUUUUGGAUGCCCCUGGACAUAAAACCUACGUACCAAGUAUGAUUGGUGGUGCUUCCCAAGCAGAUGUUGGAAUUUUAGUCAUCUCCGCUCGUAAGGGAGAAUACGAAACUGGAUUCGAAAAGGGAGGACAAACCCGUGAGCAUGCCAUGUUGGCAAAAACUCAAGGUGUCAACAAACUUAUUGUCGUCAUUAACAAGAUGGAUGACCCAACUGUCGAAUGGUCCCAAGAUAGAUACAAGGAGUGCACAACCAAACUUUCUCAAUUCUUGAAAGGAACUGGCUACAACCUUAAGACCGACGUUUUCUUCAUGCCAAUUGCAGCACAGGUAACCAUGGGUAUCAAGGACAGAAUUCCUAAGGGUGUUGCCCCAUGGUACGAUGGACCAUCUCUCCUCGAAUUCCUCGACAACAUGACUCAACUCGAACGUAAAGUCAACGCACCAUUCAUGAUGCCAAUUAAUGGAAAAUACAGAGAUAUGGGUACCCUCGUCGAGGGUAAGAUCGAAUCUGGAGUCGUAAAGAAGGGAAUGAACCUUGUCAUGAUGCCUAACAAAGAAAAGGUUGAAGUUAUGGUGACAUAUGGAGAGACUGAAGAUGAAAUUCCCGCAGGUCAAUGUGGUGACCAAGUUCGUCUUCGUCUACGUGGUAUCGAAGAAGAAGAUAUUCUACCCGGUUUCGUUCUUUGCUCGCCAAAACGUCUCGUUCAUUGCGUUACUACUUUCGAAGCUCAAAUUAGAGUUUUGGAUUUAAAGAGUAUUCUAUCUGCUGGCUUCAAUUGCGUUAUGCACGUCCAUUCGGCUAUUGAAGAGGUCACUUUCGCAGCGUUAUUGCAUAAACUGCAAAAGGGUACUAAUAGAAAGAGUAAAGUUCCUCCAACCCAUGCAAAGAAGGGUGAUUCCAUCAUUGCUAGAAUGGAGGUUAUUGGUGGAGCCGGAAGUGUUUGUGUGGAGAAAUUUGAAGAUUAUCCUCAAUUGGGUAGAUUCACUCUUAGAGAUCAGGGUCAAACUAUCGCCAUUGGUAAAAUCACAAAGUUGAUUACUCAAGAAGAAGUUGUCACUGCUGCUUAA